AUGUUCGAUAGUGAAAGUUUUGCAAUAAGAAAUUCUCAUAAAUCAUAUAUAUCUGGAAAGAAUUAUGAAGAUAUUCAAUCUUAACCAUCAUCCCCAUAAAAAUUAACAAGAAUUAAUGAUUUAAAAAAUCAAGUGGAAAAUUAUUUAGAUAUGUUAGAAUCAAAAGUAACUUUAGUUAAAGAAAAAGCACUUUCUGAAUUUAUUAUUGCUUAUAAUGGUUAUAUGAGAUAAGUCAAAGAAGAUUUAAAAUAUUUAAAAGAGAAAAGUAUUGAAAUGGAGAAGUUCUAUAAAGAUAAUAAGCGCAUUUAAAAUAUGGAGUAAUAAUUAGAAUGGUUCAGAGAGGAAAGUGUAAAACUUUAUACUAAAGUUGAAGUAAAAAAUAAAGAAAUUUUUGAAUUAAAAUUUAGAUUACAAGAAGUUUAAAAAGAAAAUGAGUUCCUAGAACAAUAAAUUAAAUAAUUAAUGAGAAAAAACAAGAGAUAUGAAGUUAUUAAUCAUACAACUAGUGUAAUAACAGAAUAAACAGAAUAGAUUAAAGAAUAAUAAUUAUUUUGUACAUAACCUAAGCAAAAAAGAAUAAUGUCUGGAUAGACUUAACCAAAACAUAUAAAAUAUUUAUAAGAUAUGUUUGAUAAAAUAACAAAUGAUGAUUAUAGUUAGAUUAUAAAUUAAAUAGCUUAGUAUGUUUCAUUUAUUGAGAAUACUUAGACAAAAUAAAUAUAAUAAUUACGUUAAAAAAUGAAUUAAGCAAUUAGUUAAUCUACAAAAGCAUUUGCAACAAGGAGUGAAUAUGAAGAAUUUUUUAUAGAUUGUGUGGAGGUAUUAAAUUGUAAAUAAUAAAGUAAGUUCGUAAAGAUAUUAUACGCCGUCGUAAAAAUAUACAAUUAGAUAAUAAAUUAUCAGAUUUUAAUGUUUUUAGAAAAGAAGAUAAAUAAAAGGUUAUAGAACUUGUUUUAUUGAAUGAGAGAUUAUUGUAAACUUUACAUCAGAGAAUGUUUCCAACUUCUCAUGUUGGAUAAUUGUUAGAACCAACAACAAUGUAAACAGAAUAUUAAGAUAUUUUAUAAUAAAUUGAUAAGAAAAGAAGUUUUUCAACAAAAGACAGGAUGAUAAUAAAAAAAGGAAAAUUGUUAUAUAAGUGA